UGCGUCUCUCUGGAGUUCUGAACGCGUUCGAGUCGUGCAUCAUCUCACCCGCAACUGCGACAUCACAGUGUAGCGUUUUCUCGGUGUGACCCACGUGUUUCUAGAGCAGAAUGUCUGACGAAGGAAAGCUGUUUGUCGGCGGCCUGAGCUUCGAUACCACCGAGCAGUCGCUAGAGGACGCCUUCUCCAAAUAUGGCGUCAUCACCAACGUUCAUGUGGCCCGAAACAGAGAAACCAACAAAUCCAGAGGAUUCGGAUUCGUGACUUUCGAGAAUCCAGACGACGCGAAGGACGCGCUCGAAGGAAUGAAUGGAAAGUCUGUGGAUGGCCGGACGAUCCGUGUGGAUGAGGCUGGGAAGGGCGGCGGUGGCCGGUCGGGCGGAGGAUCCUACAGAGGAGGUGGAGGUGGAGGAGGAGGAGGCGGUGGAGGAAGAGGAGGAGGAGGAGGAGGUUUCUUCAGAGGAGGCCGAGGAAGAGGAGGCGGAGGCAGCUAUGGCGGAGGAGACCGUAGUUACGGAGGCGACCGGAGCUACAGCGGCGGUGGAUAUAAGAGCGGCGGAGGAGGUGGAGGAGGAGGGUACUCCUCUGGAGGCGGCGGCGGCGGCUACAGCAGAGACAGGAGUUCUGGUUACAGCGACCGCAGCAGCUCUUACAGAGACAGCUAUGAUAGUUAUGCUGUACAAGAGUAGAACCCAAGACCCGACGCGUCUGCAGCCGAGCGUUUCUAAAGACUCUUGGAUCUGUUCUUGGAUUUGUUGUAGCUGUUCUC